AUGCAGCCCCAGAUAGCCUUCCAUGGUGAGAACCGCGGGACCCAGAUUGGUGUCAACAACGGCACAGUCAACAUCCAUGAGGAUCCGCCCCUUGUCAUUCUAGAGAAGCUAUUGGCAUCAGCCCCACAGGCUAUCUUUGACUCCCGAGAGACUGAGCAUGAAGACGUGUGUCUCCCCGGCACGCGAACCGAAGUGCUUCACGAGAUCCAAAACUGGGCCACUUCGACGCAGCAGGAGAGAUGCAUCUUUUGGCUAUGUGGAGUGGCAGGAACAGGGAAAUCCACAAUUUCUCGCUCUGUUGCGCAGAUUUUCACUGAUGGGCCGGCUAUGGGAGCGAGCUUCUUCUUUAAGAGAGGCGAAACCGAUCGAGGAAAUGCCACAAGAUUAUUCCCAACGAUCGCGAAGCAAUUGGCGACUAAGAUUCCUGGACUGCUCUCCUAUAUGACGGCUGCGGCAAGCGAUAACCCAGGGAUCGCAGAAAGGGCCAUGAAAGUCCAGUUCGAGAAGAUCCUCAUCGAGCCUCUCAAGAAGUUGGAUGCCUCCGGUACAUUGAAAGACACUAUCAGUGUUGUCCUGGUCGUCGAUGCACUUGACGAAUGUGAUGGCGACAAAGACAUCCGAUGGAUCAUUCAACUUCUUCCGCAGUUGAACAAGCUCCGUGUUAUUCGGCUCCGCGUUUUUCUGACCAGCAGGCCAGAGCUGCCCCUGCGGCUAGGCUUCAGAGACCUAGCAGAGGAAGAUCACCAGGACCUGAUUCUGCACGAAAUACCAAAGCCCAUCAUCAGCCAUGACAUUUCUCUGUUUCUCAACUAUCAUAUCGCGGAAAUAAGAACAGAGCGAGAUCAACCUUUGCCUAUGGACUGGCCGGGCGAGGCCAUAAUGCAACGGCUGGUGGAUCUUUGCGUUCCACUUUUCAUCAUUGCUGCAACCAUUUGCCGGGUUCUCAGAGACGAAGAAUGGGACCCUUAUGAGAGUCUCCCAGAGAUUCUAGCCCAUCAGAAAACUAACGAUGGCGAUAAAUUAGAUGGGACCUACCUCCCUGUUUUGAACCGGAUCCUUUGGGGCGUCAGCGGAGAGCACAGGCAACAAGUGAUCGAAGAUUUUCAACAGAUAGUGGGUACGAUCAUCAUUCUAGAGACUCCACUAUCUGUUUCAUCCCUUUCGAGACUCCUGAAUACUCCGAGUAUGACUGUCAGGCAUAUCUAUUUCAGAUUAGGGCAACUUCAUUCCGUCCUUAGAGUACCAAAAGAUGUGAAUUCACCUUUGCGACUCUUCCAUCUGUCGUUCCGAGAUUAUCUCCUUGAUCCGAAAACCAAAGAGAAGACCCCUUUGUCGAUAGACAAGAAGAUGUCCCAUCAUAGGUUGGCCAUACAAUGCUUCUCUGUAGCUCAGUGUCUGCGGAGGAACAUGUGCUCGUUGCCAAGCAAUGGGACCCAAAGCCCAGAAAUUGAUUUCGGAAUGGUCCAGAAAUGCUUCCCCGCAGAGCUGCAGUAUGCCUGUCGAUACUGGGCUCAUCACUUGGUGGGAUGCCUCGGCGUUGGCGACGAGGUCGAGUCAGAGAAUGUCCUCGACGAGCUAUUAAUCUUUCUCUAUCAGCACUUUCUCCACUGGUUGGAAGCCAUGAGUUUGUUAAGACUCUCCUCGGAGGUUGUUGGAAUACUUGACCUUCUCAGAAAGAAUAUACCAGACGACCAAUAUCCUGUUCUCGCAGAAUUCAUCCAAGACGCCAGGCGCUUCGUUUCCAAGAAUCGCGCUAUAUUUGAGUUGGCGCCUCUCCAAAUCUAUUGUACGGGGCUCAUAUUUGCACCGCCGACAUCAGUCCGCCGAGCGUUUAAAUCAGAGAUUGCGAAAUCUGGACUCUCUCAACUGCCACACCCCGGCGAGAACUGGGGUGCAGAUGUGCAAACUCUUGAAGGUCAUAAUAAUACGGUUGUUUCGGUUGAAUUCUCCCCCGACGGUGGCCGCCUACUGUCUGGCUCGGAAGAUAUCCGACUUUGGGAAGUGUCGACAGGUGUUCUGCUCCAGAAUUAUAUGGACGAGCCCGAUUUUUUUUUGAGCACGGUCACCUUUUCACCGGAUGGUCGGCUUUGGGCAUCCAGCUCCGCCACAUCAGUAAAGCUUUGGGACAUCGCCGAAGACCAAGAGUUCCGGACCAUUAAAGCUGAAUCGACCAAAGUAGUACCCACUGGGUUCUACCCAGAAGUUACUUUCUCUCCUAAUGGGAGAACUCUCGAGCAUACGAAAUGGGGAUGGAAUAACCCUACCUCAUCAAUGGCGUUCUCGUCAGAUAGCCGGCGGCUGGCAUCCACUGCUGCUGACGGGAAGAUGCGUCUUUGGAACGUCGAUACAGGCGCAUUGGAGCGUACUUUCUUGGAGGAAGUCGAAAUGAAUUGGACGGAAUUCUUCCUCGACACAGACGCAGACACGUCUGCUGCUUAUUCUGUUGCCUUUUCGCCCGACGAUCGUCUGCUAGCCUGCGCAUCUGAUAAGAUCGUACGGCUUUGGAAUGCAGCGUCCGGCGAGAUACACCAUAAACUCGAGGGUCACUCAGGCAUCGUCACAGCGGUGGCGUUUUCCUCCGACGGACGAAUGCUAGCGACAGGGUCCGGUGACAAGACGGCGCGGCUUUGGGACGUCCAAAAGGGGCAGCUUCACCAGAUCCUGACGGGGCACUCUAACGCGGUAGCAUCGGUGGCAUUUUCGCGUGACAAUCGACUACUGGCUACAGGCUCGAGCGACGCUACUAUCAAAUUGUGGGAUUUGACGGUGAUGCUCUCUGAACAACAUUUGGCAGCUCACACACAGCCCGUCAGCUUAAUUAUGUUCUCUCCAGACUCUAGGCGACUAGCCUCUACUUCGGAGGACCAAUCAGUUAAAAUCUGGGACACUGCAGAAGGAACCGUGUUGCACACUUUAAAGAGUCACUCUGAUACACUUGAGUAUGUAUUUGCCGUGAACGAUGUGGUGGAACUGUUUGCUUUCUCACUCGAUGGAAGUAUGCUCGCCAGCCUCGUCUACAAGACCAUACAGGUAUGGGAUGUCGAAACGGGGGAUCUCAUGCAUACGUUUCAAGGGCACGACGAGAAAGUUCGAUCGUUGGCAUUCUCGCCCGAUGGCCAGCUCCUAGCUUCUUGCUCGAACGACCGGACGAUAUGUCUCUGGAACAUCGCAAACGGCUCACAUCGGACCCUCCAGGGCCACCAAAGCUUUGUUCUGGCGAUCUCCUUCUCACCAGACGGCCAAAGCCUGGCAUCUGGAAGUAGCGAUGGCCGCAUUAAGAUAUGGGACACCAGAACAGGGAGUCUAUGCCAGGAAUUCGAGCAAGAAAACUCCGUCCGGGCUUUGACGUAUCAUCCCCAACGAAGCGAUAUCUUGGCAUCCAGUGGCUCACUGGGCAAAGGUAGAGGAAUGGUCCUUUGGAACCUUGCCCCAGAUCCCACAGGCCGAGUCAUGGAAAGCUACCAAGGGGCUGGAAAUCUGGCGACCUUCUCUCCGAACGGACAAUGGAUAGUUUCGAGCACUUCGGAUGAUUCGGUGUUACAGGUUUGGGAUGUUGAGACUGGCUCUCUCUUGCAGAGUUGGGAUUUGGGAAUACCGGUCAAAGAGCUGAGAUUCUCCCGGGAUGGCUCAUCAUUACUCACAGAACUGGGCUCGUUCAAUGUCUCCUCAAAUUGGCAAACCGACCCGUCAACUAUGCCCCCCGUGAAGAUGGAAAUCGCUAUCGAAAACGGGCAAUGGGUCAUCCUGCAGGGCCAAAAAGCACUCUGGCUUCCUCUGGAGUUCCGGCCUACCAAUUUGCACAGUGGUGGGAAGCUUUCAGGGGUCCAUAUCUUCACGACUGAAGGCAAUAAGCUCGCAAUUGGGCAUUCGUCAGGACGGGUUUCCUUCAUGUCUUUUCGGAUUUGA